GAGCCUGUUGAAGCGCAUUAACUUGUACCUAUCCUCAUAAACAAUUUUCCAAUCUCAAAGUGUCAUCGACUGACUAGAUCAUCAAAAUAGGACUUUAACAUCAUUAUUUCCGUCAGAUUGGAAAUUAAACGAGGCAAGAAGGAAUUUUUUCCUUUCCACACAUCCUAAUCACUACUAAAAAAUUACUCUGGGGAUUGAAGGCGCAGAAGUUGGAAAUACCAACGAUAGAUAAACAUCACAACCGUGUUUCAAGUGUAAAAGUGAAGGAUCUGAUAAUGCCAUACUAUUAUUGAGAGUGAUGUGACAGUCUGCCCUUCACCGGGUCAAGCUCAAGUUUACGAAUGUUUAUAGUGGUGUUGCUAACUAUUGUGCUGAAGAUAAUUUUAAAAAAGUUGAAGCGAUACGACGAGAUUGAGAGAAUUCACCGGCCAUCACCGAUUUUCAAAAGUUUCAUCAGGCUUAAAUUUAUUGGACAGUGAUUGAACGAUUUUCGUUUUCCGGUGGAUAAUUUUCCGGGAAAAUUUCAAUCGACUGAAGGUUGGGGGUGUUGUGGGGGGAUUAUUAAUCAUGUGAGUAAAUGGCCGUAAUAAUUGACGGCCACUGUCGGAGAAACCUACUAUGGGCAUCUGCCUUGACACUGAUCAUCAAAAUGAAUCGCAGGUGUUCGAGGAUGGGGAUGCUCGAAGUAUCGGGAGGUGGCGAGGUGAAGCAGGAUUAUUAUCAACACCACCAGCUGGUGUCUUUCCGAUGCAGAACGUCGGUCCAGUCAAGUUCGAACCACCCAAUGUACCCGUUAUUUUUGUUCUCGGGGGUCCUGGAAGCGGUAAGGUGACACAUUGCGACAAUCUAAUGCAAGAAGAGAAAGGCAUGACGCACAUAAAUAUGACAGAUCUCCUACAACAGUACGCCCUAGGCAAUGACAUGCAAGACUUUGGUCUUCUGAGCAGCAAGACAGUGGCUGAAGUCCUCAUGUUGGAAAUGAAGAUGUCACCAGGCGCUACGACAUUCUUGGUCAGUGGAUAUCCCAGGAACAUGAGAGAUGUUGUUGAAUAUUCCGAGAAGAUCCAAAUAAUCAAUGGUGUAAUCCUAGUAUCAUGGAGGCAAGAAGUUCUAGAGCGACAAAUUGACUACGGAGCUCAAUUAGGUCAUGUGAUUUUAAGUCUAGCACGAAUGGAACUCCGAAAUUUUUAUCGGAAUGUUAUGCCUGUGGCUGAGUAUUUUGAUCGAAGUGGAAUUCUUCUGGAGGUUAAUGGGGAGCGAAAUCCGAGUGAAGUUUACGUUGAUUUUCGAGAGGCUGUCAUUAGAAUUUUGGGAUUAUCGGAAAAUGGUGCAUUAGACAGAUCGAUACCGCAGCCUUUGCAAGCCGAAGUCGAGGUAGUACAGCCGGAUGUUAAUUCUAAUCCUCAAUCUGCCAAAUUGGUUACUUCUCCACCGGUCCCGAGGCGUGUGAAUCCUGCCAAAACUGCCAAUAAGCCGAGAAAAGGUCUCCCGAGUUUCAUCUGGGUAAUAGGUGGACCUGGAAGUAACAAAUCCCAUCUCUGCUCACAAGCAGUCCGUAACAUGCCGAACUGGGUGCACGUUAAUAUCGGAGGUUUGUUAAGGACUAUGGCAGUAUCGAAUCCCUUAAUAAACGACUCCAUCGUUGUUGGAGAAAUGGUACCCCAGGACAUCAUCAUGCAGUUGGUGGAACAGCAAGUGAUUCUCAAUCGAGAUAAUGAUGGAAUUGUUAUGGACGGGUUUCCCAGGGACUUAUCCCAAAUGCAGGAGUUUGAGAGCAAGUUUGGACAAGAACCACCCUUGAUUCUAUUGGACUGCUCGAAACUUCAGUUGGGACGUGGAAAGCUCGAUGACAGCGUUCCAGCAUUUCGAAAAAGAUUGGAGAUAUUCAGAGAAGUUACUCUGCCGAUGUUGAAGACUUUGGACAAUGAUAAUCGACUAAGAACGAUUGAUGGCGAUACAGAUGUACCUUCGGUUCAGCAAGAGUUUGCUGCAGCGAUCUAUCAACUUAAGCGUCAGGCCCGACGAACCGAAGACGCUAGUCAUUCGGCGAAUGAUGAUCACCCAAACUUGGCAGCCCCCGGUAAUAUCAAUGGGGGCCUUCGGGAUAUGCGGUUGCCCAAUGGCAUAUCAAAGAAUAUCAUUCCAAAUGGCAUCAGUUCAAUUAAUCAUCAAACGAACAAGAGAAAGAAAAUUGGAGCGAUUAAAUUGCCGAAUGGUUUUGCCCAUCAUGGACCGAAAAAUGGUUUUGGCGUAAACGUACGUGAAGCCGUAAUAGAAGGUGCGAGAAUUGCCAACGGUGUGGUAAACGGCAAUCACCAAAAUGGCAAUCACGUACACAUGAAUGGUGCAGCAAAUGGCGCCCAACAUUAUUUGCAAAAUGGCGUUGGUUAUUUGGCUAAUGGAAUUCCGCCAGGAGCCAACAAGGUUGCACCUGCUCCAAUGACAAACCCCAAAGACUCCAUUAGAAAAAUGUAUAACGAAGUUGAUGGAUAUCACGAAAAUCUUCACAUAUAGACUGUGAAUUGAGUGUAAGUGAAGUCAGUAUUAUAGGGGGAUAAAAGAUGUUGAGGAGAUCCUCAUGACCUUUUUCUUACUGAAGAAUCUCACUUUCAUAGGGGACAACUUCCUUUUUUCAAAAUAAUGAAUAAAUAAUCAGUAGUAACUAUCAUUAAUAUUUUGAAAUUAUUGGAUAUUGUCCGAUGGUCUCAAUGCCUGGGACCGAUUGUCAAAUUUUGCAGGUUCAUGAUCCCGAAUACAAAGCACGAGAGAUUUUCCCGCACAAUUUGACACGCAUUUCUAGGAAUUGGAAGCUUGAGGAAAAUAUUCGAUUAGAUUUCAAGCGCGAGUGGUAUUUAAUAGCUCAUUUUUCCCCUCAAAUUUCGGUCGAACAGAGUACAGUGGACAGUAUACCGAUGCAUUUACACAAUCAUGCAAAGAAAUAGAAAAAAAAAAAAACUUUGCAAGACUAAUUUGAAGAAAGCUGUGCAACACUUCUUGGUCUAUCGCAUAGAAUAUUGAACAUGAAAUGCGUAGAAAGGUGAGAAACAUUAAAAAAAAAUACUAGUGAAUUUUCGUCGGAUAUUUUUUAAAAAUUACAAAAAUGAAGCUGUUUGACAGCUAAGAAAUACUACGCUCUGAUUGAAAUGAUGAAAAUUUAGUGCAGUGGAUGAUUGAACUAAUGAAGAACUGCUCAUAACCCUUAAUUUUGACAAUGAACCUGAGAAUCACUAGAUUAAUUAUCGGAUAAGGUAAUCAUAGCGGAAAUAUUAUAAUAUUUUUCAAGUAUCAAAUGCGGGACAAACAGUCGAUAAUUGUAAGAAAUAAAAAUUUAGGAUAUACUACAAGUUGAAUAUUCAUUAUGAUAUUUUUCAAUACACAAUGGAGAAAAAGUGGAUUUGAUACAAAAUGGGGAGACAUAUCAGGGAUAAUUCCGCUGGCGGAUUUAAUAAAAAAUAAAUUGUUAAAACUUGAGAGAUAACAUGCAGUAAUCGAGUGAUAUUUGUGAAUUCCGUCGUUGACGAAUAUACGGAGAGUGAUUUCGAGGAUUACGAGUAAUAUUAUGGAAUAUUCCAACAGAUUUCUACGAUUUUUACAAUUAUCUGAUUUGAUCUUAUAUGUAUUUGAGAAAUAUGUGCAAUUUUAUUCCGAACCCCUUGGCGAACAAUCACCGUAGAGAUCAUAUUUAGUUUAUCUAAUUGCAAACUUGUAUACAUCUAGAACUAGUCGAGAAAGAUCUAUUUAAUUAUUUUAUUCUGUUUACGUACAUUUGCGUCAUUGUAAUUUUUUCAUAUUUUAUCGUCAGCUCAUG